AUGAAACUGUCUCUGCUUCUGCCCCUGUUACUGUUGGGAAUUGCCUCGGCGCUUCAUCUGAAAAACAAUGAGGCCCAGACAGACCUGAGCCAGGAUCUAAAGUUCUCAGGGGAGAAGAAGGGAGAAUUGGUCCUGCCUGAGGAGGCAAUUCCAUCAGAGGAAGAGGAGCUCAAAGGUUCUGGAGAUCAGGAUUCUUUUGAGGAUGAGUAUCUUGGUGAUGAUGUGGAUUCAGACCUAGCUGACCCUGAAGAUUUUCAGUGCCCAAAGGAAGAUGAUACAGUUCAAAUUUCGGGGACUCCUGAGUGCAAGACCUGCCACUAUGUGGUGGUGAAGACACUCAACACAUUUCACCGUGCGAAUAAUAUAUGCCGGCAGUGCUACAGAGGCAACCUCGUUUCCAUCCACAGCAAUGCAUUCAACUCUCUUCUCCAAAGUUUAGUCCGUGGGGUUAACCAAGGCCAAGUCUGGAUAGGUGGCAUCUACAAGAGAAAGGUAAAUGGGCACCACAUUAUAUCCCAACAACAGGACAUUCUCUUUGACAGUCUCCAGAGCAUCAUGGCCAGCACCAAGCUGGUCAUAACCUAA